AUGCGCCUUGCAUACUACGCCGGCGCCUCCACGGCAGCCGCAGCAGCAUGUCUGCUCAAGGCAUUCCACCAGCGGCCCAACUUCUACAGCGCGACCGUCUACCUCUCCCAGUCGAACGCAUGUCUCCUCAUCCUGACGAAUCUCCUCCUGGUCUUGGCGUGCAGCUUCAUGUUCGCGCUGCAGCGACUACUCUAUGGCCCAUUACGACCCAUUGAGAUCGAGCAGUUGUCGGAGAAGGCAUGGUACGCGGUACUGGACACCCUGUUGGCAAUGCCGAGCUUCAGAGAAGAUGUGGGAGGUUGGCUACUGACCAUGUUUGUGCUGCUCUUGGCUGGGAAGGUGUGGGGCUGGAUUGCAGAAGGACGGGUUGAUAUCUUCGAGCAACAGCCGCCUGCAAACCCGACUUUGUUCCAUGUGCGGUUGGCGAUGAGCUUGCUGGUGAGCUUCAUCUUCGAUGUGCUCAUGUUGUGGUACUGCCUGGAGACCAUCAUAGCCAAUCCCAAGCCAGGCAUGAUGGUCAUCUUCACCUUCGAAUUUGCGAUUCUGGGCAUAUUUUCCUUGUUCACAGGACUGAGAUACCUCUUGGCCUGCUAUGAGGCCAAGGAAGUCAAGAAGCAGACGAUGCUGGCUAUUGAGACGCGCAAGGUCGAGAUCCGGGAAGAAAGAGUAGCGGCACAUGCAGCAGCAGUGGCAGCGGCAGCCCAGAACACAGCAGAGGAUGGAACACCAGCGACCGUGCCCCCAAUGGACGACUCACCCAUCGACGUGGAUGAGAAUGAGGUGGAUGUGCCAGGCUGGGAAGAGAAGAGACGAUAUCUGUUUGUGCUUGAAGUGGUGACAGACUUCAUGAAGCUCAUGAUAUACAUCGUCUUCUUCACUGUUAGCAUCACUUUCAACGGCCUGCCCAUGCACAUCAUGCGCGACGUCUAUAUGACCUUCGCGUCGUUCAGCAAGCGAGUCUCCGACUAUGUGGCAUACCGAAAGGCAACCAGCGACAUGAACACGAGAUAUCCGGACGCAACCACCGAAGAGAUCCGAGGCGACCCCUGCAUCGUGUGCAGAGACACGAUGGUGUCUUGGGAACAACCGCCUGCCGCUGCAAACGCGCAGCCUGCGGGUGAUCAGCCUGUCGCAGCGCCAGCGCCAGCUAGGCGAAGAGAUGAGGGACUGAGGGCGAAGAAGCUACCUUGUGGACAUAUCCUACAUCUACGAUGUCUGAAGAGCUGGCUAGAGAGACAGCAAGUAUGCCCUACUUGUCGCAGGCCUGUCGUCACCGCGACCGCACCGAAUGCGCCUGCUGCCCCGGGCAAUCCACCUGCACCCGGACAGCCCGGACAACAACAAGCACCAAGACCUCGUGCUAGAAUCUUCAAUCUUGGCCCGCUCAGAAUUGGGCUGCUGAAUGCACCGCAAGGCCAGAUCCAGGACUUUAUCAAUCGCUUCCAGAACCCAGAUGCGGCCAAUCAGAAUGCCGCAGGCGCAAAUCAACAAGGACCGAAUCAUCUUGGUCUCCAGGUGCCAUACGCCAAUGGUCAAGCACAAAUCCCCACAGGUACGCGAAGAACAGGACGCCGGUCGCAGGUGCCGAUAGACGUGGGGAUCAUGCAGAUGGAGCAGCGGAUCAUGCAGGAAGCACACAAUCUUAACAUCGAGCAGCAACAGCUCGCGACACUGCGGAUGAUGGAAGGAGAAAUGGCUCGUCUCAGGGCACAGCACACUCCUACGCAGCAACCUGUUGGCGCGGGCGGUGCCGCAAGACAGGCCGCUAUUGUGCAACAGAUGGGGCGAUUUCCGAUGCCAGGCUUCAUGCCGACGCAGCAACCUUUCAUGCCACCCACACAACCGGAGGCGCUUCAGGGUAGUCCUGCACAACAGAUGGGUCCGGGACAUGAGAACCUACCACAGGGACUUAUACUACCUGAAGGCUGGACCCUGAUGCCUUUGCAUCGAGUCGAUCAGGAACAUCAUGCAGCACCACUUCAGGCUACGACACGGAACCUUGACAACCCAACGGCAGACGAUGGGUCGACUUCUGCUAGACCAAUUUCCGGUGAUGACGACACAGCUACCUCCGCCGCGACAGAGACACCAUCAUCUGCCACGCAGCAGCAGCAGCAGCCACAGCCGCCGCAACAAGUAGCGCAGAGUGCUGGACCUGUUGAUGACACUGGCUCUCCACUGUUUGUACCGACAGCACCGAGAACUUCAGACACCACCAGCACUGAAGCAACGACAGCAUCUUCAGAUCAAACGCAAUUCCAGCCAGCGCCGCAGAUGAUGACUCCGCAGACGCCCGCUGCGUCGUCAUCAUCGACACAAGACCCAACUCAGACCCCGUGGAGCGGCAGUAAUUGGGGAUUUGACCAACAACCCAGCCAAGCAUCUACUGCCGAACCAUCUUCAACUCCGGAUAGCCAGGUAGCUGAACAGCCUUCUGGGCAGGAAGGGUAUAGUGGCAAAGGUAAAGCCAGAGCAGUCGAAAUGGAGGAGGUACCUGAUCCGGAGGCAGGCAACUAG